CCGUGUUGCCUAAAGUGGGAGCCCGGUUCGUGUUCCGCUUGAGCGUGCGCCUUCCGGGUCUCGCUUCACCUCAGGUGGCGGUGGGGAGAGCCACGGAGCCGCGGUGAGAGAGGGGCGGCCCGGGAGAGGACGGCUGUGGCGUUUGGGGCGCUCUGCUAGAAAGACAAAAUGGAAGGCCUGCCUGAUGUUACUUCUUUUGCGACUAAACUUAAAAACACUCUCAUACAGUACCAUAACAUUGAAGAUGAUAAGUGGCGAGUUGCUAAGAAAACAAAAGAUGUAACAGUUUGGAGAAAACCCUCAGAAGAAUUUAAUGGAUAUCUCUACAAAGCUCAAGGUGUUUUAGAUGACAUUGUCAAUAAUAUAAUAGACCACAUACGCCCAGGGCCUUGUCGUUUGGAUUGGGACAGCUUAAUGACUUCACUGGAUGUUUUGGAGCACUUGGAAGAGAAUUGCUGUGUGAUGCGUUACACUACCGCUGGUCAGCUUUGGAAUAUAAUUUCCCCAAGAGAGUUCGUUGAUUUUUCCUAUACUGUGGGCUAUAAAGAAGGGCUCUUAUCCUGUGGGAUAAGUCUUGACUGGAGUGAAAAGAGACCAGAAUUUGUUCGAGGAUAUAACCAUCCUUGUGGUUGGUUUUGCGUUCCCCUCAAAGACAAUCCAAACCAGAGUCUUUUGACCGGUUAUAUUCAGACAGAUCUGCGUGGGAUGAUUCCUCAGUCUGCGGUAGAUACAGCCAUGGCAAGCACUUUAGCCAACUUCUAUGUUGAUUUACGAAAAGCUUUAUGAAAGGUCUAAUAUGUUCAGACUUUUAGUACUGACCCCCCUGUAUCAACUCUGUCUCUCCUCUGCAUAGCCUGUAAAAAUCAUUGAUUCUACUUUUCUGCAUAGCCUGUAGAAAACUUUGACAUGUUUUUGGUUUAGUAAACAAUGUUUUAUUUUAUUCAUAUAAUAAAUGCCUAUGUAAGAGGGCAUUUCAGUUUUCUUAGACAGUAAUUUGCACAUUAUUUGGUAUGUCUGUGGCAGUGUGUCUAGGAAUAGAGAAUAUGACAGAAAUCCACAAAGAAGUAGAUACAGUUCUUUGACCCAAACUCUUAAGAAAUUCAGUAAUGCCUCAAUAUGAAUAUUUUGGCUGCUUAAAAAUUAGCAAAAUCAUAAGCUUCAUGUUGUUAGAUUAAAAUCACCUAUUUUAGAGGCUUAUAAACAUUUUACAAAAUUUUAAUUUUUUUGAAGUUAAAUAUUAGUGUUUUACUUUUGUUAUCUUCUAUGAGUUUGUCAGUAUCUUGGACAAAAAAAAGUACUUCCUUCUCUAUAUUUUAUAGAGAUGAACUUCAUUGUCAAAUGACUUACACAGCUCUAAGUUUUGAAAGAAACAAAAAUGAGAAAAAAAUUAGAUAUCUACAGUUUUAGUAAGUUUAUUGAAAAACUGAAUCAUAGUAACUACGGGUACAAUUUAAAUACAGUUUAGUUUUGAUAUCUAGAUAGCAUUCUUUUGUGUCUUUGAAAACACAUUUGUACAUUUAUUUUGAGAGUCUAAAAACCUGUAUGCAUGAAUAUGAUACAAAAAACCUCAAAAUAUUCACUGGGGACACCUAUUUUUUGAGCAAUAGUCUGGGUUGUGCGAAAAGACUGGUGGUAUCCUGGAACCACCAAUAGAGAGAGAGUCUUCUGUCUAGAAAGUUAAAUUCGUUGAAUGUUCUAUAUAUAUUUCAGUUUUAAAAGUAUCACUCAACUCAUAAAGUGUUAUAAACUUCAUAAACAUUUGCAUUUAUGAUAUGACUUCAGUCUGGAACUAGAACGAAUGCAUUCUUAAAUUUAUCCAAAUGCCUACAUGUCCUUUCAUAAUGAUUAGAAUGACUAUAGUAGGGCCCUUGAUCCAGUGGCUGCCUUAAGUAAACAUUUAUAAAUGAUUUUAACAUUCUAAAUGACUCUGUCUUUUGAACUAUCCAUCUGUUAAUAGUUCUAAAAUGAGAACUUGAGGCAACUCAGUGUGUCUGGGCACAUGUUUGUAUAUAUUUAUAUGUUUGUGUACAUGCACACAUCUUGAAAUCUAUUUCAGCGUUCAAUGUCAGUUCUUUUUUUGUUACUAUUUCUACUGCUUUGGUUGUUUGUUUUUUUGUUUCUUUUUUUUUUUUUUUUUUUUUUGUGGUUAAUAUGGGGUAAAAUGAGCCCUGGAAACAUUUACGGGUUAGGCCACAAAAUGCACAAAAGUAUAUAGUGGUUCAGUGCAAGAAAGUUUGAUUUGUGUUUACUUUCCUGUGUUUUCCAAAGUGUAAAGAAAGAAUAAAUCAUAGUUCUUCAUA